AGGUGUACAGGUAUUAUGGAGGUGGCCUUCACUGAGAAAGACUCCUACGCCCAGCAUUUUGUCCCUAAAGAUCACCUGAAAACGUAUCAUUGCUUUGAUCCUGAGAGAAAAGACAUGAGCUCCCUCUUUGUCUUUGGUCUGAACGCUCUCCACAAGGCUUUCCGCUCAGGUGACCUUAAGGGAGACACCCUGAUUGAUAUCGGAAGUGGGGCCUCCAUCUACCAGCUUCUCUCGGCCUGCGAGUCCUUCCGAGAGAUCAUUGCCACAGAUUAUUCCGACCAGAGCCGGGAGGAGAUGCUGCGGUGGCUGAGGAAGGAGCCGGGAGCUUUCGACUGGGGGCCAGAGGUGAAAUAUGUCUGCAAGUUGGAAGGGGAAAGGGAAAAGUGGGCCCAAAAGGAGGAGAAGGUCCGAAGAACCGUCAAGCAAGUCCUGAAGUGCGACGUGACCCAGCCCAACCCUCUGGCCCCGCUCUCUCUCCCUCCAGCCGACUGCCUGCUCUCCACCUUCUGCCUAGAUGUGGCUUGCAAAGACCUGCCCACCUUCCGCAACGCCCUGAAGAACAUCAGCUCCCUUGUGAAACCUGGAGGGCAUCUCAUCUUUUUGGUCAGCCUGGAAGGAACGUUCUACAUGGUUGGCCAGCGCCAGUUCUCCCGCCUUUACCUGGACCAGGAAUCCGUAGAAGAAGCUGUGAAGGAGGCUGGCUUUGAUAUUGAGUGGCUGGAAGCGACCAAGUUAAGCCUCCCAGGGGCAUUAACUGAUGCCAAGGGGGCCUGUUUUCUGGUGGCAAGGAAACACUGA